GCAGCGGAACUUUAACGAUGCUGGUCGAGAUCCGGCUGAUCUUCAUCCUCCAGACCUUCAUCUUCAUCAGUGCAGAGAAAAUCUUCCACAGCAGAGAUCAUUCAGAUGUCAUGAACGACAUCCAUCAGGCUGAACUCAUCACUGACACUGACACUGCAGAGCGGUUUCUGUCGAAGUACGGGUUCAUUAAAGCAGGAGACGGCGAUGAGCCUCAGAUCUCAGCAGAAGCUUCGGGUGAGACGGACGUUCUGGACCUCGCUCUGGACCUGCAGGAGGGCGGAUCCACAUCCAGGUCCAGCAGCGCUGAUCUCCAGUUCAUCACGGCGCUGAAGGACUUCCAGCGGGUGUCUGGUCUUCCCGUCACAGGUGUGUUUGAUGACGCCACCAAAGCAGCCAUGAAUAAACCCAGAUGUGGCGUCCCGGACCAGGAUGAGGAACUGGAUUCUACCAAACAAUCCAACAGCACCUCGACACACAAUCACAGUGAUGCUGUGAAUGCCACUGAAACUCAGAUAUCCGAUAAUACUCAACCUCACGAGCGGAAGAAGCGCCACCUGGCAGUGCUUCUGAAGAGCAGAAGGAAAAGAGACGCCAGCGAGUGGACGGGACACAUGGCCUUCUCGAAGAGCCUUCUGAAGUGGCGUCUGAUGGGGGAAGGUUACAGCAGUCAGCUGUCCAUCGAUGAGCAGAAGUAUAUCUUCAGACUGGCCUUCCGCAUGUGGAGUGAAGUGUCUCCGCUGCAGUUUGUGGAGGACGUUCACUCUCCUCUGGAAGACAUUGACAUCAGACUGGGCUUUGGGACAGGCCGACAUCUGGGCUGCUCUCAGCGGUUUGACGGCGCGGGCCGAGAGUUUGCUCACGCGUGGUUCCUCGGAGACAUUCAUUUCGAUGACGAUGAACAUUUCACUGUCCCAAACAUGGGCAACGGGAUCAGUCUUCUGAAGGUUGCGGUUCAUGAGAUCGGUCAUGUUUUAGGGCUUCCUCACAUCUACCGGCCCGGCUCCAUCAUGCAGCCCAGUUACCUUCCUCAGGACGGAGGUUUCGAGAUCGACUGGAUGGACAGAAAGUCCAUUCAGAGCCUGUACGGUGUGUGCAAAGGUCGCUUCAGUACCGUGUUUGAUUGGAUCAGGAAGGAGCAGACGCCGUACGGUGAGGUCGUGGUGCGUUUCAACACCUACUUCAUGCGGGACGGCUGGUACUGGCUGUACGAGAACCGCAACAACAGAACACGUUACGGGGAUCCGGUGGCGGUGCAGGUGGGGUGGCACGGGCUGCCCUCCAGCGGGGUGGACGCUUACGUUCACGUGUGGAACCGCAAAACAGACGCUGUGUACUUCUUUAAAGGUGUGCAGUACUGGCGUUAUGACAGUGAGAAUGAUCAGGUGUUCUCUGAGGACGCAGACGGCCGCUCGUAUCCUCGUCUGAUCUCUGAAGGCUUUCCCGGAGUGUCUGGACCAGUGGACACUGCAUACUACGACAGGAGAGACGCCCAUAUCUACUUUUUUAAAGGCUCACAGGUGUUCAGGUUUGAUGUACGCGUGAACCGCUUGGCUUCCUCUUCCCCACAAAACCUCUCUGAGGUGUUUCCCGCCGUUGUCCCCGGAAAUCACCCCGUCGGUAACCUGGACGCGGCGUACUUCUCGUACACGCACAACACGGUGUUCCUGCUGAAGGGCGCGUGGUACUGGCGCGUGGUGAGCGGCAGAGAUCGCAGACGGAGCACGUCGCUGCCGCUGAACGGCCUGCUGCCCCGCAGGAACGUGGACGAGCAGUGGUUCGACAUCUGUGACGUGCACGGCAGCUCUCUGAGAACCGCUCGCAGGUGACGCACGCAAACCUUCAGAUCACACGCUCGAGCUGAUCUCUGUGGAAGAACAUUCUCAACGCAUAUGAUGCUGAAAUUAUGACAUACUAAGUCAUAAUUAUGAGAAAAAAAAGUCAUAAUUAAGACAUACCAAGUUGAAAUUGAGAUAAACUUGAAAUUAUGACAUAAUUAAGACACACUGUCAAUUAUGAGAUAAAAAGUCAUACUUAUGACAUACAAGUCGAUAUUAUGAGAUAGUCAAGAUUAUAAAAAGUUGAAAUUAUGAGGAAAAAAGUCAUAAUUAAGACAUUCCAAGUUGAAAUUGA